CGGUAUUCUCAUAUACAUAUAUUCUCUGCAUUCUGCUUUUGUAGCUAGGCUUUAGAGAUCUUGACAAUUUUAGCUUUAGAUACGCUUAUAUACGACUUUAUUAAAGUCAGAACUGGCAUAAUGGCAUUUUAUCAACAACAGCCGUUUUACAACCCGAAAACCCCAUUCCCCGGUUUGAUCCAAGGAGGCCUGCAGGACGGAAAGAGUAUUAUCAUCAGUGGACGGGUUCUGCCAGGGGCUAACAGAUUUCAUGUGAACCUUCAGUGUGGCUCUCAGAGCAAAGCAGAUGUUGCUCUGCAUUUUAACCCACGCUACGAGAAUGGCUCUGGCUAUGUAGUGAACAAUGCCUAUCAGAAUGGUUGUUGGGGCUCAGAAGAACGCAAGUAUGAAACUCCCUUUCCAUCAGGCCAACCAUUCACCCUCCAGAUCCUUGUCAGCAUGGAUGCAUACAAGAUAAGCACAAAUGGGAGACACUUCAUGGACUUCAGACACCGUAUUCCUUUUACUCGUGUGGACACCGUCUUUGUGGAUGGAAUGGUGGAACUGAAUUCUAUUGCUUUCCAGAAUCCUAUGUCCUACUUUCCUCCACAACCAGGUUAUCCACCUCAGUAUACUGCACCUCCAGGAUGUGGGUUCCCUUCUUACCCGGCUCCAGCUGCCUAUACUAUCCCGUACAAAAGCGUCAUCAAUGGUGGACUGCACCCUGGCAAAAACAUGGUCAUCCAUGGAGUGAUCAACCCUAACGCUACUAGAAUAACAUUUAACCUGCGCCACAGAACUGGGAUUGCAUUACACUACAAUCCCCGUUUCGAUGAGAAUGUGGUUGUGCGCAACACCCAUCAUAUGGAGAAGUGGGGAACGGAGGAACGGUUUGGAGGCAUGCCGUUUAAAAGAGGGGAAACUUUUCAGGUCACUAUCUCUUGCAAUCCCCAUCAUUACAAUGUGUUUGUCAAUGGCCAACAAGCACACACUUACAAUCAUCGUUACACAAAACUGGACGAUAUUGAUAUUUUGGAAGUUUGCGGAGAUCUGCAGUUGACUUCAGUGCAGGCCUAACAAGGAUUCAGGUCUUCAGGUCUUCAUUUAUGUCAUAAAGUGCUCUUAAAAAUGCAAUUUACUCAAAGGAAAAGCAUUGUUAAUUAAGGAGUUUCACUGUGAAACACAUGAAAACUGUGAACUAAUAUCAUGCAAAGUACUGUGAUUUUGUUGUAUUGAUUGUAUGUUUCACAAGAAAAAACAUACAGUAAAUUCAUAUUUGUCCAUAUUUAUCCAUGCAGCCUCAUUGAUGAAAAGACAUAGAUAGCAUGCUUUAGUUUAUAUGUGCCAAUAUGUUUUUAUAAAGUUCCUUACUGCCUAUGUGCUUUAUUGACAUUGUACUAGCUAUUUGUCUGUACUAACAUGUUUCUAUGCUGGUUAGAGAAUAAAAAAUGUCAACUGUGAUGUUAUUAUUAAUGUCCCUUAGUUAACUGUAUUUUUGGUUGCUGUAAGAAUAAAGAUUAAUCUUGUAAUCUGAAGUCAUUCAAUAGUUAAAAGAGCCUAAUAUUAGGAAGAUUUAUAUUGUAUGCGUGAAUAAGAAAAUAAAUGGUGUCUUUGUUUUGACUUUGAA